GAGCUUCCCCAAUUUGCUCUCAGUGUGCUCUUUGACCGGCGAACAUGUCUUUCGUGGACACCCUGCGGCAGUGGGACGAGGCUGUGACCUGCGCCGACAGACAGGACUGGCCGGAAGCCCUCAGCAUCUUCCUGUCCAUCCAGGAACCCAACUCCAAAAUCUGUUUCGACAUCGGCUGCCUCCAUCUUCGCAACCAAGACCUGGACGCUGCUGAAAAGGCGUUUGAUUGCAGCAUACGUAAGGAUGAGCACUUGGCAGUCGCCUUCUUUCAAAGAGGAAUCACCUUUUACAAACAGAAAAGGUAUGAGGAGAGCUCAGCAGAUUUCCAGAGAGCUUUUAAAGCUCUCCGAAACAACCAGCUGAUCGAUUACAAGGCGCUCGGUCUCAGAUACAUCCUGUAUGCAUGUGAGGUUCUCCACAACAUAGCUCUGGCUGAGGCUCAGCUGGGCAACUGGGAAAACGCCCAGAAAAACCUGGCGAAGGCCCUCGACUACAAAACGGAGGCCAAGCUCAGCGUCAUCGACAGAGCUUUGCAGGCGACUCUGAAACGGAAGCUUUUCAAGCUGGUCGAGUUCCCUUCAAAGACUCUGUUCAAACCGAACAAGCACUACGUAGCCGAGCUGGAGAAGAAGGACUAUCUGGGCAAAGCAAAGGUUGUUGCCUCCGUCGUUCCACAAGACGAGUUCUCUGGAUUUGCCCCGCUGCAGCCGCAGGUUGAAGAUGGUCCAGCUGCUCCAAAAGAACCAGAGGUCCUGAGAGCGCUGGAAGGGGAGGCGCACACCGUGCUGUUUGAGUUUGUUCCAGAGACCAGCGAUGAGUUGGCUGUAGUGCCGGGCAACAUUGUAUUUGUGUUGCAGAAAGGGACGGACAACUGGGCAUAUGUGGUCUUCAAUGAACGGAAGGGACUCGUUCCGUACAACUACCUGGAGCCUACCCUGGACAUCUCCCUGGGUUCUAAAAAAAUCAAGGGCGUGGCCAGACUUCACAGUCGAGACCCUCCGAGAAUACCGGAGAGGAUUCAAGGUCUUAGUCCUGGCCGCAGCGGGAACACUCAGCAGCAGCCAGAGGACAAUUCUUGUUUUGUCAAAAUCCGCUUCACCUUCAACUUUGCUGUAUUGGUGCCGUCUGGGUCUUCUUACGUGGUUCUGAUAGAGAAAAUCAGCAAGAAGCUGAAUCUCAACUCUACUGCCAUCACCUUGAGCUCGGAUUCUCGGGGGAAAAAUCUCAUCGAUAACAACACGGAGAUGGAAGACGUGUGGAGUCGUGCUGAGGAUGGGCGCAUCAUCUUAUGGUGUACCACCAGAGAGCAAAGUGAUGGAAAGCCACAGAAGGAGGUUUACUUGGUGGCGCUUCACUCCUACAACUCUUCGAACCCAGAAGACCUGAGCCUCCAGGAAGGAGAUAAAAUCAAAUUGCUCUCCAAAGUAAACCAGGAUUGGUUGGAAGGGCAGUGUAAUGGGAACACUGGUAUAUUCCCUGCAUCAUUUGCAGCAGAAGUUCCUGUGGAUGGACAAUGACUUAAUGCAAAUUGAAAAAAAUGUUGUUUUUUUUUAUUGUACACAAGGCAGAAAAUAAGAAAUAAUUAUAAUCAGUGACUUGAGUCGUGUUACAUUCAGGUAUUCAUUAAAUAUUACUGAAAUAUAAAGUGAUGCCGGGUGGUAUUUCAGAAAAAUGACAAACAUUUAGCUUCUAGUGAUAUAAUUCCAUAAAUUUAUACGGAGUCCAUUCGAAAAUGAAUAAAUUGUGGCAUCAUCAAGGCGCUCCUUCGUCUUCGUAGGCGAUAGCUAUGCCUCUCCUGCCCUGCACUGCCUUUACUACAGGAGUUUCCCCCAGCUUCUGCUCCAGGCCUCGCCAGCUUCGACCCGCCAGGAAAGACGCUAGAAAACAACAAUAAGAGCGUAUUCACAAGACCGUAGAUAAUCCACUGUAUCAAAGCUUUGGACAUGCUGUUAAAACAAAAAAAAAAAAAGAAGGAGCAAUAAAUAAGUAUACUGGA